UAGACAAAGCAGCUUUAGAGCUUUUUCACGGGAAGCUGCAGAACCAGAGUGCCAGAUCCAUGGUUGCCCCCAAAACAUGACAUCAUCUUUGGACCAGACCUAUGAUGUUGACGAGACAUCCAUUAACCCAUACUUUAUGGCGGUCUACAGUCUGGUGUUCCUAGUGGGUUUACUCCUCAAUGGCUUUACAUUGAAGGUCUAUCUUUGUCGAGAUUGGCCUAGGGUAUCCAACAGCUUGAUGGUCUACCUGAAGAACCUGACAGCUGCUGACUUCCUGCUCUGCCUCUGUCUGCCACUCCGCAUUACCUACUAUGCCAGCAGCUCUCCCAUCAUUCGUAGGCUGUACUGCAGCUUUGGAGCUUCUGCCUUAUUCAUUAACAUGUAUGCCAGUAUACUAUUCAUGGGGUACAUCGCUGCCAACAGGUAUCUAAGGAUCAUCCAUCCUUCAGGAACUCACAUGCUGCAGACAGUGCAAACUGCACGAAUCAUCUCUGUCAUCACCUGGAAACCUCUGACCUUUAAUCCUAGCCGCUGCGUUCACCUGUUUACUCCAUCAGUCAGCCUGUUGUUCAGAAUUCUCCACACCUUCUCUGCCUUCAUCUUCCUCUUGGUCUUCAUAUCCCUGGUCUUCUUCUACUACAGCAUCUCCCGCAGGGUGUUGCAGGCACAGCAGACACAGCUGGCCUCCUCUGGCACUGAGAAGCUGCUGAAGUCUCGCAGAAACAUGUUGGUGCUGGUCAGCAUCUUCUGUGUUUGCUUUGUCCCCUAUCACCUGGUUCGUCUUCCCUUUGUGUUUCUGUGGAGCAAUGACUCCGUAGGUCCAGUAUUGUUCUACCUGAAGGAGGUGACCACCAUGGUGUCAGUUUUCAACAUCUGCCUGGACCCUCUUGUUUACUUUUUCCUCAGUAACACUUUUUGGGACAAGGUCAGAAAGGCGAGAGCCCAACAUACAACUAGAAACAAGGAGAAUGAGAGCAGGAGGGACAAGCUGGACAUCAUUACAUUAGAACCAGUGACUUCAACCAGUUAG